AUGUCGGAUAAGGAAUUGAUGGAAUUUAAAAAUUUACCCCUCAAACCGAAAAUUUUAGAAAAAGAUAACGUCAAAUCGAUCGACAGAGCUUUAGGAAAUCAUUUGAUUCUCAUACUCAAUGACAAAAUUGGAAAAAAAAACCAAUGGAUGCUCCCGUUUGGAAUUCGGAAAAAUUCUGAAACUCUAAGGGAAACCGCCGAAAGGGUUUUAAAUGAAAAAUUUGGAGAUAAACUUCAAGUUUUAUUCCUCGGUAAUGCUCCGUGCGGUUUUUAUAAAUAUAAAUAUCCCAAAAGGAUUGGAAACGAUGCUUUGGGUGCGAAAAUUUUCUUUUUCAAAGCGGUGCACAUCUCUGGAAACGUAGAAUCGGGGAAAAGUGGUACGUUAGACUACCAAUGGGCAACACGUGAAGAAAUGAAGAAAUUAUUAGGCCCUAAAAAAUAUCGUAAUAGAAUAUCGAGGUUUUUAAUAGAUGAAAACGAUUCCAAUUAA